UCACUUAGCACUUACAAAGCAUUCUGCGGUUUAAAAAUAUUAUGGCAUUCACAAUCUCGUUUAAUUCUUAUCUGCCAGGAAAUGCUAGUUACAUUUUCUUCCAUUUUACACAAGAGGAAACUGAGGCUGGGUAGAGAGAAUUAUGUGAGCUGCUCAAGGUCACGUGGCUGAAAUCAGCCCUAAGAAGCAACCAGGUGCUCCUCACCCUUCAAGGUGGUGGUCCACCUUGAAGUGUUAACUCCUCAAGGAGAAGGCUGUCAUAGCUGCAAUGGGACUUCGCCCCUGCUCCCAAAAUCUGGGAUGGAGCAUUGCCCUCCAGUGCCAAGAAGGGGACCUGAUGACGCGGAGCCACAGACCGGGAUUUCCCUAUUCUGCAGGGUUCUUGGGAGCCUGGAACAGAAGCAGUAGCUCUCACACACCCGCGGAGCAAGAGCAAGAAAGAAAGGGAAAGGAUCAGAAGAGAAGAAAUAUAAAAGAUUUCUACACCCAAUGUGAUUGGUUCUGAGAUCCCAAAAUCAAGCGGUGAUCUAGUUUGCUGACAUUUAGUUUGUAUAGAAUAUUGAAACUGAGUCUGGAAAAGUGAGAGCAUACAGAAGGCUCCAACUUGACUCUGCCUUGCCCAAAGAGUGUCUGACCUUUGCCAACUCCUUUCUGGCUGAUGACAUGAUGGAUAGUAGGACCUUCAUUUUCAUGACAGAUGUCUGCAUUCACAUCUAGGAAGCCAAAGAUGGAAGACAUUGGACAGAACCCAUUGGAUGAUGGGCAGGAGAUAACAGAAAUACCGACUUUAGAAGCCAUAAAACAGAAUCUCAACUAUCUGAACUUGGACCUUGAAAAGGAUCUACAGAGGCUGGAUGAGGCCAAUCAGAUUCUCCUCAGAAAGAUUCAAAAGAAAGAGGAAUCUAUUCAAAGUCUUGAAAGAGAUAUUGCCCUGUCCAUUGGAAAAGUCUCGGAGAAGGAUGACCUCAGUGAGAUGACAAUACAGAGGGAGAAUGCCCUGAAGGACCUGGAGCUGGAGACAGCAAAGCUGGAGAAAAAGAAUAAGACCCUAAGCAGGAAUGUCAUGGAACUACAGAAGAAGAUUUCAAGAGGACUUAAAAAUGCUGGCCCUGAUUCAGAAACCCUGAAAAAGAAAAUAGCAGAAUUGAAGGUGAAACUACAAAAGUCAACCGAGUCCUGUGCACAACAAGAGAAGGAAAUGGUCAAGAUGGAAAGUGACUACCAAUCUGUGUACCAGCUCUGUGAAGACCAGGCCCACUACAUAAAGAAAUACCAAGAAAUUCUGAGGGAGAUGGAGAAGGAACAAGAAAUGAUGCUGCUUGAAAAAGAAAUAUCCAAAGCCCAGAAUGACUCUUCCCAAGUACUGGAACCUGGGGCAACUCUGGUAGAGACCAUUCAAAGCAACAUGGCACUUCCGGUACCUUUUCUUCAUGAUCAUGGUCUUCAUCCGGCUAUUGGGUUAUCUGUUGUUCCACCUGCAGUACAUAAACCCGGACUUUCUCGUGGACACUCUGCCCGUGCUGAUGAGCAGAAGCACGUUGAAGUGGCUGAGGGACAUAUUGUUUCCCUUCCUUACUCUAGAGGUGGAAGAUGUGCUACCACACUAGUGUCAGGUGACCUGCCAGGCCUCACAUUGUACCCCCAAUGGAGGGGCCAUGGCUGUGGCCCUGGGUUGGUGAUGUGGGCCAGGAAGGAACUGGAAGCCUAUGACUCAGAGCCUCUAUGUGACAGCUGAGCUUUAUAUUUAAUUCUCUCCUGGAGUGUCUCUCUGUCAAAUACAGAAUGCAUUUGACCAGAGUUCACUGUGUUGGUCUAUGCAUCCUGGAGCCUUUCUAUGUAUUCACAGGUUCCCUGUUCUCUUCAGACAAAACGAAAAUAAAAAUUCCCCUGGGACUUCCA